AUGUUGGAAGUCAUCCUGAUCCUCCAUACCAGCUCCUUUGACUUCGUCGGUCCCGCCAACACCACCACCACCACCACCGCCAGGCCAUUUGGCGACAACCAUCCAGGGCUCCGGGUUGGUGCCGAGGUGGUUCUCCGUCCAUGGAGAUGGGAGUGGACGUGCAUAAUCAGCACUGCCCCGGCGAGAACAAGCAACGGAGAGGAGCAGGUGGGACAAGGGUGGAGGCUGGGAGUCUCAGCCGGGGGAUGCGGGUUAGUGUUCAUGCUGAUGAUGCUGAUGGCCGUCGUCGUCCUGUUUGUUAAGUUUAAGGCUUUCGACAUCAGCAGGAAGAACCCCCUCCCGUCCGUCCAAGAGUCCCCGACAAUGUCCGAAUACUGGAAAUCAACACCAAGAUACUGGUGCAAGCACUGCAGCGUCUUCGUACGCGACACCAAACUCGAGCGCGCGAACCAUGAAGCGACGGGGAAGCACCAGGGCGCACUGAAGCGGUUCAUGCGCGACCUGCACCGCAACCACGAGCGCGAGGAGAGGGACAAGGAACGCGCCAAACGCGAGAUCGAACGGCUCAACGGCGUCGUCAGCGGCACGGGCAGCGGCAGCGGCAGCAGCAGCAGCAGGCAGAAUGCGACCGCGAGCGGCUCUUCUUCCAGGCCGACACCCACGGCGGCCGAACUCGCGCGGCAGAGGGAGGAGCUCGCGCAGCUGGGCGUGGCUAUGCCGAGCGUGUUUCGCGGGGAGAUGGCCAUGCCGGGGGAGUGGACGGUGACGAAGACGCGGGUGAUACAGGAUGACGAGGGCAACGCUGCGGCGGCGGCGGCGGGGUCCGGGCGGAAUGACGCGAAGGUCACGGCAAAGGCCACGGGCGUGCGGAAGAGGGUGAUGACGGAGGAGGAGAAAGAAGCGGAGGAGGCGGCCAAGGCUCUUUUCAAGAGGCAGAGGAGGUGGGGUGGGACGAAGACCAUGCCGGAGGAUGAUGCGGAGCUGGAGGCCCUACUGAGCGGGGGUGGGCUCCUGGCGGCGAAGAAGGAGCGGACGGAAAGCGAGGAACCGAAGGUGAAAAAGGAGGAGGAGGAGAUGGGGGAUGGUGCGGAGGACACCGUUCCUGACGUCAAGGCGGAGGAGCCCGAGGUCAAAACAGAAACAGAGGUCAAGAAGGAACCUGCCGAUGAAGAUGGAGGGGUGGUGGGAGGCAGCAAGGCGCAGGUCCCUCCAGUUCCGGAUGCCGGCGUCAAGACUGAGGAGGGAGCGGCAGAGACCGUUGCGCCAGUUGUCUUCAAGAAGCGGAAACCGAAGAACAGUCGACAGAAGGUUGAAUCUCCCCUUCUCUCAAAGUUUCUCACGAGCUCAACAGCAUAUCCAUAUCAUAUGGGAAUGAAAAGCGUCUGUCUUGUUCAAAACUCUACUGCCACUUCUUCUACUUCUGCAGUCUCCGGCAAGAUCAACGUAUAA